AUGUCCGCCUUACUGGAGAUCAAGAGCAGCGUGCUCAGGCAGGUGCAGGUCUGCCCGUCCUUCCGCCGGAGGACCGAGGAGGAGCCGGGGAGCGCCGGUGCCGACCCGCAGGAGCCUACAGCCGCCGGGGCCUGGAAACCGGGGGAUGGGGUGGAGUUCUUCACCCAGAUGCGCCUCAUCCUGAAGAAGGGGGAAGGCAGACGGAGCCUGCCAUGCCCUGAGGUCCUAUUGCGCAGCAACUCACCAGCCCCCGCCGAGCCUGCGGACCCCAACCGUGGCCUGAGAGCCCUGACCCAGGAGGAGGUAGAGAUGCUCUAUGAGGAAGCCCUGUACACCGUCCUCUACCGAGCGGGAACCAUGGGCCCCGACCAGGUGGACGACCAGGAGGCCCUCCUGAGCUACCUCCAGCAGGUGUUUGGCACCAGCACCGAGGAGCAUGCAGAGGCCACUGAGAGGGUGAAGAAGGCUAAGGCCCCCACAUAUGCCCUGAAAGUGUCCGUCAUGCGUGCCAAGAACCUGCUGGCCAAAGACCCCAACGGCUUCAGUGACCCGUACUGCAUGCUGGGCAUCCUGUCGGCCUCGGGCACCCCCCGGGAGCCGGGUCCCCACAAGGAGCAGCGCUUCAGCUUCCGAAAGGCUGCCAAGCGUGGCAGCCCGCUGCCAGCUAAGUGCAUCCAGGUCACCGAGGUCAAGAGCAGCACCCUGAACCCCGUCUGGAAGGAGCACUUCCUCUUUGAGAUUGAGGAUGUCAGCACGGACCAGCUGCACCUAGACAUCUGGGACCAUGACGAUGAUGUGUCCCUGGUGGAGGCAUGCAGGAAGCUAAAUGAAGUCAUCGGCCUGAAGGGCAUGGGCAGGUAUUUCAAACAGAUUGUCAAGUCAGCCCGUGCGAAUGGGAAGGCCGGGCCCACCGAGGACCACACUGAUGACUUCCUGGGCUGCCUCAACAUACCCAUCGGGGAGGUGCCCGUGGCUGGCGAGGACCGAUGGUUCAAGCUGGAACCACGCUCCAGCGCCUCCCGCGUGCAGGGAGACUGCCAGCUCGUGCUCAAGCUGAUCACCACGCAGAGGGACACGCGCAUGAGCCAGCGCGGGCGGUCGGGCUUCCUGUCCUAUCUGCUGUUGCUCAGCCGGCUGCUGCAGUUCGAGCACCGAGCCGAGGAGCCCAACUCCAGCAGCUGGCGGGGCGAGCUCAGCGCGCCUGCGGCCACUGUGCUCUGCCUGCACGGCGCUCAAAGCGACCUGUCUGCUCUGCAACUGGCGGUGCUGCACUGGCAAGUCAGCAGCCGCCACCAUCAGACCUGCACCCUGGACUACGGCUACCUGCUGGGGCUGCUGGAGGACAUGCAGGCGCACUGGGAAGAGGCGGCCUCCCUGCCCCAGGAGCAGGAGGAGAGCCUGGCCGACAGCUUCUCUGCCUUCUCCGAGUUCGCGCUGCGGCUGCUGCGCCAGCUCCGGGACUACUUCCCCGCCGCCAACAGCACGGCCAUCCGCCGCCUGGAGCUGCUGCUGAAGUGUCUGGACAAGCUGCAGCUCUUCCAGCCUUCCUUUGAAGUCUGCCCCUUCGAGACGGAGCUAAACACGGACAUCACUGCUGCCCUGAAAAGAGGAAACCGGGAAUGGUUUGACAGACUCCUGAACGCCAAGAGUCCUCGCGAGCAGCCGGGACUGCAGCGACUUGCUGGGCUGGUGGAGCUGGUUGACGCCAUCUAUGAGGACCUGCAGUCCUGCUACAGCAUCUAUGCCAGCCUCUUCCACAGCAUCAUCAAGAUCGACUUCUUCACCCUCACCUUCCGGCAGCUGGAGCGUCUGGUCGCUGAGGAGGUGUGGGUACUGACGGAGGACCUGAACUCCAAAAUGACCCUCGAGGUGGCAUCCCGGCUCUUCGAGCUCUACCUGUCCCUGGCAGACAUCCAGCGCUUUUGGGGCAGCAUCCUGGGCCGGGACAGCCGCUCCCUGGCCCUGGUCGGCAUCCACGUGCCAUUCCUACCUGCCGUGAAGCUUUGGCUGCAGGUGCUGCGGGACCAGGCCAAAUGGAGGCUUCAGGGAGCUGUUGACGUGGACACACUGGAGCCGAUGGAGAACUCCAAGCAUAGCAGCUCGGCGGCCACUGCAAGCCUCUGCUUCAGCCACAUCCAGGAGCUGUGGACCUGCUUAGCGUGGCCAGACCCCGUCCAGGCCCAGGGGCUGGGCACCCAGCUUAGCCAGGACCUGUGUGAGGCCGCCCUCUUCUACACUCAGCUGCUGCGGAAGAAGGUGGAUGCUCAGCCCCGGGCCUCAGGCGAGGCAGUGAGCGAGCCGCUCUGCGUGGUCCUCAACAACGUGGAGCUCCUGCGCCGGGCGGUCGGCCAGGCACUGCGAGGCCUGGCGUGGCCGGAGGGGGCCGCGGGGCCCACAGGAGGGCUGCCGCGCGCCCUGCUCAACUGCACGCAGGCCCUGGACGAGGACCUGCAGCGGGAGGCCUGCACGGUGACCGCGCACCUCACCUCCAAGAUGGUGGGUGACAUCAGGAAGUACGUGCAGCACAUCAGCCUCUCGCCUGACUCCAUCCAGAACGACGAGGCCGUGGCCCCGCUCAUGAAAUACCUCGACGAGAAGCUGGCCCUGCUGAACGCCUUGCUGGUGAAGGAGAACCUGAACAGGGUGCUGGAGGCCCUCUGGGAGCUGCUCUUGCAGGCCAUUCUGCAGGCGCUGGGCACCAACCUGGACGUCUCUGCCGACUUCUACAGCCGCUUCCACUUCACCUUGGAGGCCCUGGUCACCUUCUUCCACGCAGAUGGACAGGGUCUGCCCCUGGAGAACCUGAGGGACGGAAGCUACAAGAGGCUGGAGGAGGAGCUGCGCCUGCACAAGUGCUCCACCCGCGAGUGCAUCGAGCAGUAUUACCUGGACAAGCUCAAGCAGAGGUCGCUGGAGCAUAACCGGUGCGGGCGCCUGAGCGUGCGCUGCUACUACGAGGCCGCCGAGCAGCGGCUGGUGGUGGAAGUGCUGCACGCCGCUGACCUGCUGCCCCUGGACGCUAACGGUCUGAGCGACCCCUUCGUGAUCGUGGAGCUGGGCCCCCCGCACUUCUUCCCGCUGGCCCACGGCCAGAGGACCCAGGUCAAAAGCCGGACGCUGCACCCCGUGUAUGACGAAGCCUUCUACUUCUCCGUGCCAGCAGAGGCGUGCCGCCGCCGAGGUGCCUGUGUGCUCUUCACCGUCAUGGACCACGACUGGCUGUCCACCAACGACUUCGCCGGGGAGGCGGCUCUCGGCUUGGGCGGCGUCGGUGGCAUUGUGCGGCCCCAGGUCGGGGGGAGCACGAGGACUGGGCAGCCCAUCACCCUGCACCUGCGCCGGCCCAGAGCCCAGGUGAGGUCUGCACUGAGGAUGCUGGAGGGCCGUACCAACCGGGAGGCACAGGAGUUUGUCAAGAGACUCAGGGAGCUGGAGAAAUUCAUGGAGGCGGACCCCUGA